UGAAAGCCCUUUAUAGUUUAUACACUAAGGUUAAAGAAAUUAAAAAAAAAAAAAAAUAGAUGUUUUUUUAUAUCUCGUACUUUUGAUUUGCCCAAUGAAGUCAACGAUCUGUGUUUAGAAGAAGAAGACGGAAAAGUAAAACAAGAAAUCCAAAAAACAAAACAAUUAAUGGAUUAUGAAUGGGUGAAGAACUACCUGGAGAAAACCAGGUCAGGUGCAUCAUCAAAUGAUAUUGUUUCCGUGCCUUCAAGUUUGUUCGAGCCAUUGAUCAUGUCGGGCCUUAAAGUAGAUCUCAUCGAGCGCGGUCGAGUCAUCUGCUCCAUGAAAGUCCCUCCUCGUUUACUGAACGUGGAUAAUUCGUUGCACGGCGGAGCAAUUGCAGCGCUGGUGGACGUGGUGGGUGGAACUGCAUUUCCGACUAUUAACAACAACACAAACACCGGAGUUUCAAUGGAGAUUAAUGUUUCCUACUUGGAUGCUGCUUGUGUUGGGGAUGAGAUCGAGAUAGAGACAAAGGCGUUGCGUGUUGGGAAGGCUGUUGCUGUUGCGUCUGUAGAAUUCAGAAAUAAAAAGACUGGAAAAGUGAUCGCGCAAGGACGGCAUACCAAGUACUUUGCGGUUUCAAGUAAAUUAUGAAAUCCAGGUCAUAUGAUGAUUGAUAUUAAGAUUGUAUAUGUGCACUAAGGUGACCUCAAGCAUUUACGACGAUACAGUCGGUGGACACAUGUAGGAACUGAAUUCACCGAUUUUUUUUAAAAAAAGUGACAAGUUUAUUUUAUAAAAGUUUAAUUGUUUUAAAAAUAUGUGUAAUUUAAAAAUAUAAAGA